GUCGGACAGCGCCGCCUUAUAAGCGGGUUCCCUUCCCGGGGGCGGCAGCGGCUGGUCGGCGGCAGCUCUGCUGGUGCGGGGGCGGCGAGCCCGGGACCGAACGACCGCGGCCGAGCGAGCCGGCCACCGCCUGCACCGCCCUUCCGCCCGCUCUCCGGACGGCUGCAGCCCUGCGGGUCUCCGCUCCAGACCCACCCCCGCCCCACCCCGCGCGCCUCAGCCGCCUCUUCCAGAGACCCAGCUGCCGAGCGGCCGCCGCCGCCGCCGCCACCGCCACCGCGCCAGGUUCCGGCCGCAGCCACCCUCCACCGUCCAGGGCCCCUCCGUCUCGGCCCCGGGACCUCGGCUCCCCGCCAGCCCCGGCCCCGGCACCAUGUCGGAGAAAAGCGUGGAGGCAGCGGCCGAGUUGAGCGCCAAGGACCUGAAGGAGAAGAAGGAGAAGGUGGAGGAAAAGGCAAGCCGGAAAGAGCGGAAGAAAGAAGUGGUGGAGGAGGAGGAGAACGGAGCUGAGGAGGAAGAAGAAGAAACUGCCGAGGAUGGAGAGGAGGAGGAUGAAGGGGAGGAAGAAGAUGAGGAAGAAGAAGAAGAGGAUGACGAAGGGCCCGCGCUGAAGAGAGCUGCUGAAGAGGAGGAUGAAGCGGAUCCCAAGCGGCAGAAGACAGAAAAUGGGGCAUCGGCAUGAGCCCCCUGCCAACGGGCUGGGGGUGGGAGGCCCCUCAGGGCCUGGAGGUGGGGGUGGGAACAGACAAGUGCAGCCACUCUUCACCUGGCUCCUGCCCUGGGCCCUCACCAGAGGUGCCACCCUCUUCUUCCUCCCCAGCCUUCUCAUUUCUGCCUCUCCACCCUCACUCUGCCGUCGUCCACCUCCUGACCUGCUCCAUCUGACUCCCCAGCUGGUCCCUGUUGCUCCUCUCUCUCUUUUGCUCUCUUCCCCCCUCCCCCACCAGUCCCACCCCUCCUCCAGAGGCCUCCCCCCUAACCUCUGCAUCCCCCAGCCUCAUGCCCUGCCCCAUCCUCUCCUGCCUGAUCCCGGGUCUCCCUCAGAUCCCCUCCUCUCAGACAGCGCCAGGCCGGGGUAGGGCCGGGGUUGGGGCCGAGCCCCACAGCUGCCCCCCUCCCCUCCCCUUUUUGUAUAAUUUAAUAAAGAAACGGUCGCGCUUCUGUUUUUAA